CCCUAUGAUACCUCCUCCUCCUAACCCUAUGAUACCUCCUCCUCCUAACCCUAUGAUACCUCCUCCUCCUAACCCUAUGAUACCUCCUCCUCCUCCUAACCCUAUGAUACCUCCUCCUCCUAACCCUAUGAUACCUCCUCCUCCUAACCCUAUGAUACCUCCUCCUCCUAACCCUAUGAUACCUCCUCCUCCUAACCCCACGAUACCUCCUCCUAACCCCAUGAUACCUCCUCCUCCUCCUAACCCUAUGAUACCUCCUCCUCCUAACCCUAUGAUACCUCCUCCUCCUAACCCUACGAUACCUCCUCCUCCUAACCCUAUGAUACCUCCUCCUCCUAACCCUAUGAUACCUCCUCCUCCUAACCCCACGAUACCUCCUCCUAACCCCAUGAUACCUCCUCCUCCUCCUAACCCUAUGAUACCUCCUCCUCCUAACCCUAUGAUACCUCCUCCUCCUAACCCUAUGAUACCUCCUCCUCCUAACCCUAUGAUACCUCCUCCUCCUAACCCUAUGAUACCUCCUCCUCCUAACCCUAUGAUACCUCCUCCUCCUAACCCUAUGAUACCUCCUCCUCCUCCUAACCCUAUGAUACCUCCUCCUCCUAACCCCAUGAUACCUCCUCCUCCUAACCCUAUGAUACCUCCUCCUCCUCCUAACCCUAUGAUACCUCCUCCUCCUAACCCUAUGAUACCUCCUUCUCCUCCUAACCCUAUGAUACCUCCUCCUAACCCUAUGAUACCUCCUCCUCCUCCUAACCCUACGAUACCUCCUCCUCCUAACCCUAUGAUACCUCCUCCUCCUCCUCCUAACCCUACGAUACCUCCUCCUCCUAACCCUAUGAUACCUCCUCCUCCUAACCCUACGAUACCUCCUCCUCCUAACCCUAUGAUACCUCCUCCUCCUAACCCUACGAUACCUCCUCCUCCUAACCCUAUGAUACCUCCUCCUCCUAACCCUAUGAUACCUCCUCCUCCUCCUCCUAACCCUAUGAUACCUCCUCCUCCUCCUAACCCUACGAUACCUCCUCCUCCUCCUCCUAACCCUAUGAUACCUCCUCCUCCUCCUAACCCUAUGAUACCUCCUCCUCCUCCUAACCCUACGAUACCUCCUCCUCCUAACCCUAUGAUACCUCCUCCUCCUAACCCUACGAUACCUCCUCCUAACCCUAUGAUACCUCCUCCUCCUCCUAACCCUACGAUACCUCCUCCUCCUAACCCCAUGAUACCUCCUCCUCCUAACCCUAUGAUACCUCCUCCUCCUAACCCUAUGAUACCUCCUCCUCCUAACCCUAUGAUACCUCCUCCUCCUAACCCUAUGAUACCUCCUCCUCCUAACCCUAUGAUACCUCCUCCUCCUCCUAACCCCACGAUACCUCCUCCUCCUAACCCUAUGAUACCUCCUCCUCCUAACCCUAUGAUACCUCCUCCUCCUAACCCUAUGAUACCUCCUCCUCCUCCUAACCCUAUGAUACCUCCUCCUCCUAACCCCAUGAUACCUCCUCCUCCUAACCCUAUGAUACCUCCUCCUCCUAACCCUAGGAUACCUCCUCCUCCUAACCCUAUGAUACCUCCUCCUCCUAACCCUAUGAUACCUCCUCCUCCUAACCCUAUGAUACCUCCUCCUCCUAACCCUAUGAUACCUCCUCCUCCUAACCCUAUGAUACCUCCUCCUCCUAACCCUAUGAUACCUCCUCCUCCUAACCCUAGGAUACCUCCUCCUCCUAACCCUAUGAUACCUCCUCCUCCUAACCCUAUGAUACCUCCUCCUCCUAACCCUAUGAUACCUCCUCCUAACCCUAUGAUACCUCCUCCUCCUAACCCUAUGAUACCUCCUCCUCCUAACCCUAUGAUACCUCCUCCUCCUCCUAACCCUAUGAUACCUCCUCCUCCUCCUAACCCUAUGAUACCUCCUCCUCCUAACCCUAUGAUACCUCCUCCUCCUAACCCUAUGAUACCUCCUCCUCCUAACCCUAUGAUACCUCCUCCUCCUCCUAACCCUAUGAUACCUCCUCCUCCUAACCCUAUGACACCUCCUCCUCCUAACCCUAUGAUACCUCCUCCUCCUAACCCUAUGAUACCUCCUCCUCCUAACCCUAUGAUACCUCCUCCUCCUAACCCUAGGAUACCUCCUCCUCCUAACCCUAUGAUACCUCCUCCUCCUAACCCCACGAUACCUCCUCCUAACCCCAUGAUACCUCCUCCUCCUAACCCUAUGAUACCUCCUCCUCCUCCUAACCCUAUGAUACCUCCUCCUCCUAACCCCACGAUACCUCCUCCUAACCCUAUGAUACCUCCUCCUCCUAACCCUAUGAUACCUCCUCCUCCUAACCCUAUGAUACCUCCUCCUCCUAACCCUAUGAUACCUCCUCCUCCUAACCCCACGAUACCUCCUCCUAACCCCAUGAUACCUCCUCCUCCUAACCCUAUGAUACCUCCUCCUCCUCCUAACCCUAUGAUACCUCCUCCUCCUCCUAACCCUAUGAUACCUCCUCCUCCUAACCCCAUGAUACCUCCUGUGACUCAUCAUCUUAAAGGUGUUUAUGUCUCCUGUUCCAGGUCCUAAUCUGAAGACAUUAUGCAAGCUAGCUGUUAUUAACUACAGUCUUGACCAGGGUGGUCUACCACACGACAUCAGGUGGGAGCUGAACGCCAUGACCACCAACAGUAACAUCAGCAGACCUAUCUUCUCCUCUCACGGCUAAUCUGGACUGGACCCAGAGCUACCACAGUACCAGAACACCAGGGCUGAACUGACCCAGAGAUACCACAGUACCAGAACACCAGGGCUGAACUGACCCAGAGAUACCACAGUACCAGAACACCAGGGCUGAACUGACCCAGAGAUACCACAGUACCAGAACACCAGGGCUGAACUGACCCAGAGAUACCACAGUACCAGAACACCAGGGCUGAACUGACCCAGAGAUACCACAGUACCAGAACACCAGGGCUGAACUGACCCAGAGAUACCACAGUACCAGAACACCAGGGCUGAACUGACCCAGAGAUACCACAGUACCAGGGCUGAACUGACCCAGAGAUACCACAGUACCAGGGCUGAACUGACCCAGAGAUACCACAGUACCAGGGCUGAACUGACCCAGAGCUAGCUGGGCUGUCAUAGUACCAGAAGAUGAUCCACCUUCUGAGCUGGCCUUUGACACUACUAGAACCAGGCAGAGAACCCUACGGUCAGACCUUAACCAACAGCACAGAGCUCCAGCAGUAUCAGGGCUGACUCCACCAGAACCUUAACGCUCUGAAGUCCUGUCAGUAAAACCAUGUUUCUCUUAGUUCUAGAUCAGAACCUGUCUGGUUGUCCUAGGUCUGGUUCUCUACCUGCCAGGGCUGUUUGAAUCUACUGGACCUGAAGACCUGUCUGCCUGUCUGUUUUUACAGGAACAUUUUGUUCUGGUCUAGAUUGGAGUUUUCUUCUCCCUUGGUUUGUCUAUCUAUCGCUCUUUUUCUCUCGCUCUCUCUCUUCUCUUGUUGUCCUGCCUGGACACUAUCAGGAGGGGGUUGUACUGGUGCUGAAUGGUGCUUUAGUAUCUGGGUUUGUGUUGCUCUAUUACAACUCAAUGUGAAUCACUUUGAUUGUUUUACCACUAUUACAAUGAGCAGAACAUUUUCUCCCUGAAUGUUUUACCACUAUUACAAUGAGCAGAACAUUUUCUCCCUGAAUGUUUUACCACUAUUACAAUGAGCAGAACAUUCUCCACUCAACACUGAUUUGUCUUCUUUGAAAGAGUUGCAGAAGUGAAUGCUGACAUUUUGACAUUUAGUUUUCUCUGCUCCGUUCUCUCUCUUGACUGAUCAAAUGUCUGUGAUGAUUACCAUGUAUUUAAAGGGGCAAUGCAGGGUUCCUAAAACAGGAAAGUGGUCCCCCCCCACCACUGGUUUUGUUUAACAGCUCAUCAGGGACAGAAGCUCUGAAUGUCCUGAGUGGAUAACUAACCUCUCUCUGUGGAAGUGAAAGACGUGACACCCCGCUGUACCAGCUGAGAGAAAGCCUCCAGAAUGCAUCCGUCACAGCCAACCACCACAGAACCCGGCUGUGCUGCUCACUGCUUACAGCUGACACUAGACGUUAGAAUAAGCUUAACAAGUUCCAUCUCCUGGUUAGUCUUUAACUGUCACUCAUGCAACAGGUGAAGAUUUUGAUGAAGAUUUUUUACCUUCAGCCCCUGCUGGUCAAUACCCUACCUGACUAUAUUAUACCCUACCUGACCAUCCUACCUGACCACCCUCCACCCUACCUGACCACCCUACCUGACCCUAUUAUACCCUACCUGACCACCCUCCACCCUACCUGACCACCCUACCUGACCCUAUUAUACCCUACCUGACCACCCUCCACCCUACCUGACCACCCUACCUGACCCUAUUAUACCCUACCUGACCACCCUCCACCCUACCUGACCACCCUACCUGACCACCCUACCUGACCACCCUCCACCCUACCUGACCACCCUCCACCCUACCUGACCACCCUACCUGACCACCCUACCUGACCACCCUCCACCCUACCUGACCACCCUCCACCCUACCUGACCACCCUACCUGACCACCCUCCACCCUACCUGACCACCCUCCACCCUACCUGACCACCCUACCUGACCACCCUACCUGACCACCCUACCUGACCACCCUCCACCCUACCUGACCACCCUCCACCCUACCUGACCACCCUACCUGACCACCCUCCACCCUACCUGACCACCCUCCACCCUACCUGACCACCCUACCUGACCACCCUACCUGACCACCCUACCUGACCACCCUACCUGACCACCCUCCUCCCUACCUGACCACCCUACCUGACCACCCUCCACCCUACCUGACCACCCCCCACCCUACCUGACCACCCUCCACCCUACCUGACCACCCUCCACCCUACCUGACCACCCCCCACCCUACCUGACCACCCUACCUGACCACCCUCCACCCUACCUGACCACCCUCCACCCUACCUGGCCACCCUCCACCCUACCUGACCACCCUACCUGACCACCCUCCACCCUACCUGACCACCCUACCUGACCACCCUACCUGACCACCCUACCUGACCACCCUCCACCCUACCUGACCACCCUCCACCCUACCUGACCACCCUACCUGACCACCCUCCACCCUACCUGACCACCCUCCACCCUACCUGACCACCCUCCACCCUACCUGACCACCCUACCUGACCACCCUCCACCCUACCUGACCACCCUACCUGGCCACCCUACCUGACCACCCUCCACCCUACCUGACCACCCUCCACCCUACCUGACCACCCUACCUGACCACCCUACCUGACCACCCUACUUGACCACCCUACCUGACCACCCUACCUGGCCACCCUACCUGACCACCCUCCACCCUACCUGACCACCCUCCACCCUACCUGACCAUCCUACCUGACCCUAUUAUACCCUACCUGACCACCCUCCACCCUACCUGACCACCCUACCUGACCACCCUCCACCCUACCUGACCACCCUCCACCCUACCUGGCCACCCUACCUGACCACCCUCCACCCUACCCUCCACCCUACCUGACCACCCUCCACCCUACCUGACCACCCUCCACCCUACCUGACCACCCUCCCUGACCACCCUACACCCUACCUGACCACCCUCCACCCUACCUGACCACCCUACCUGACCACCCUACCUGGCCACCCUACCUGACCACCCUCCACCCUACCUGACCACCCUCCACCCUACCUGACCACCCUACCUGACCACCCUACACCCUACCUGACCACCCUCCACCCUACCUGACCACCCUCCACCCUACCUGACCACCCUACCUGACCACCCUACCUGACCACCCUACCUGACCACCCUCCACCCUACCUGACCACCCUCCACCCUACCUGACCACCCUACCUGACCACCCUCCACCCUACUUCUUUAGGUUUCAUUGAUUUAUACCAAAGAAAACAAGUGACAGACAACAAUACAGAUGAACCCAAUAAUAAAUGGUGUGCAGGUUGGAAGGGCUGGUUUAAGAACCACACCUCCCAAAAAUAAUAUACAAUACAGAAGUAGAACAAUUAAGCAGAUCACAAAACCUACUAAUUAUGAAUGUACAUACAUACAUACACAUAUACAUACAUAUAGUUGUUUUGUUUAAAUGUGCAUGUCAGAGUUGUGCUAUAUGGAGGAGAUCAGGCUGAUCCCCAGUCUAUAUGGAGGAGAUCGGGCUGAUCCCCAGUCUAUAUGGAGGAGAUCAGGCUGAUCCCCAGUCUAUAUGGAGGAGAUCAGGCUGAUCCCCAGUCUAUAUGGAGGAGAUCAGGCUGAUCCCCAGUCUAUAUGGAGGAGAUCAGGCUGAUCCCCAGUCUAUAUGGAGGAGAUCAGGCUGAUCCCCAGGCUAUAUGGAGGAGAUCAGGCUGAUCCCCAGUCUAUAUGGAGGAGAUCAGGCUGAUCCCCAGGCUAUAUGGAGGAGAUCAGGCUGAUCCCCAGGCUAUAUGGAGGAGAUCAGGCUGCUCCCCAGUCUAUAUGGAGGAGAUCAGGCUGAUCCCCAGUCUAUGUGGAGGAGAGCAGGCUGAUCCCCAGUCUAUAUGGAUGAGAUCAGGCUGAUCCCCAGUCUAUAUGGAGAUUACUGAGUAGUUUGGUUCAUCAGGCUGAUCCCCAGUCUUCAUGGAGGAGAUUACUGAGUAGUUUGGUUCAUCCGGCUGAUCCCCAGUCUAUAUGGAGGAGAUUAAUGAGUAGUUUGGUUCAUCCGGCUGAUCCCCAGUCUUCAUGGAGGAGAUUACUGAGUAGUUUGGUUCAUCAGGCUGACCUCCAGUCUUCAUGGAGGAGAUUACUGAGUAGUUUGGUUCAUCAGGCUGACCCCCAGUCUUCAUGGAGGAGAUUACUGAGUAGUUUGGUUCAUCAGGCUGAUCCCCAGUCUUCAUGGAGGAGAUUAUUGAGUAGUUUGGUUCAUCAGGCUGACCCCCAGUCUAUAUGGAGGAGAUUAGUGAGUAGUUUGGUUCAUCAGGCUGACCUCCAGUCUUCAUGGAGGAGAUUACUGAGUAGUUUGGUUCAUCAGGCUGACCUCCAGUCUAUAUGGAGGAGAUUACUGAGUAGUUUGGUUCAUCAGGCUGACCUCCAGUCUUCAUGGAGGAGAUUACUGAGUAGUUUGGUUCAUCAGGCUGAUCCCCAGUCUUCAUGGAGGAGAUUAUUGAGUAGUUUGGUUCAUCAGGCUGACCCCCAGUCUUCAUGGAGGAGAUUAGUGAGUAGUUUGGUUCAUCAGGCUGACCCCCAGUCUAUAUGGAGGAGAUUACUGAGUAGUUUGGUUCAUCAGGCUGACCCCCAGUCUUCAUGGAGGAGAUUACUGAGUAGUUUGGUUCAUCAGGCUGAUCCCCAGUCUUCAUGGAGGAGAUUACUGAGUAGUUUGGUUCAUCAGGCUGAUCCCCAGUCUUCAUGGAGGAGAUUACUGAGUAGUUUGGUUCAUCAGGCUGACCCCCAGUCUUCAUGGAGGAGAUUACUGAGUAGUUUGGUUCAUCAGGCUGACCCCAAGUCUUCAUGGAGAUUACUGAGUAGUUUGGUUCAUCAGGCUGACCUCCGGUCUUCAUGGAGGAGAUUACUGAGUAGUUUGGUUCAUCAGGCUGAUCCCCAGUCUUCAUGGAGGACAUUACUGAGUAGUUUGGUUCAUCAGGCUGAUCCCCAGUCUUCACUUGAAGUUAUUGAGGGAUGAUGGUGUUUUGGCAAUGUGAAGAUAAGAAUUCCAGAGUAUGGUACCUCUAUCUGAUAGAGAAUUGACUAAAUGAGAUGCGACAGUGGGGAGGUUGAACGUUAUCGCUGUGUUAUAUAGAUGGAUUUCAGAAUUAACCUGGAAGAAUCCAUUGAAGGGUUUAGGUAAACUGGGAUCUGGAAGAAUCCAUUGAAGGGUUUAGGUAAACUGUCUGGGAUCUGGAAGAAUCCACUGAAGGGUUUAGGUAAACUGUCUGGGAUCUGGAAGAAACCAUUGAAGGGUUUAGGUAAACUGGGAUCUGGAAGAAUCCAUUGAAGGGUUUAGGUAAACUGGGAUCUGGAAGAAUCCAUUGAAGGGUUUAGGUAAACUGGGAUCUGGAAGAAUCCAUUGAAGGGUUUAAGUAAACUGUCUGGGAGAGUAUUGAUGAAAGUGCAUAAUUGGCGUACAUUAAUGUCCUAAAUAGACAAGAUAUUGAGUUUCUUAAACAAAGGUGCAGAUGGAGCCAGGUAAUUAGAGGAGGUGGCUAGUCUUGUAGAUUUAUUUUGUAUGAUGAGUAAUUUGUGUAGGUAGAAGGCAUAUCUACUGGCCCAGACAAUAUUACAAUAAAUGAGAUAUGGGUAAAUGAAGCUCUAGUAUAGAGUUAGGAGGCCUGAUGAACCAAACCACUCAUCUAUCUGAUAUCAACACACUUCAUCACUUUACUGCAGACUGAAUGGGAUCUUUCCAGGAUAACUGUUCAUCUAUUAAAACUCAGAGGAAUCUA